UUGCUGGUUUCUGUUCCUUACACGAACUUUAUGGAUUAAUUCAGUUUUGUUCCCCGGCGUAUUGACUGCUGUAAAUUGUUUGCUCGGUGAUUUAAAUUGCAUGGCUUCAGCUAACGGGAAUCUGUCGAAAACAGAAUAAGGCUUACCUUUUUCACUUAAAGUUACUGCAAUAUUCCGCCACAAUGACAAACAUUUGUCCUAUUAAAAAUGUUGCAGAUUUAGUUUCUGAGGCUCGCCGUGUGUACCGGGAAACAUUUGACGGGGAUAAUGCCAAUGUUGCAGUUUGCGCCCCAGGACGUGUGAAUUUAAUCGGAGAACACACAGAUUAUAAUGAAGGAUUUGUCCUCCCAAUGGCCUUGCCGAUGGUGACAGUUAUGGUGGGCAGCAAAACUUCUGGCCAGAAGUGCUGUGUUGUAACUCUGACUGAAGCUGCUGAUGAGCCCAGGAUGGUGGACUUUGAUCUCCCAAAUGAACUGACCCCACUUUUAAGAGGGCAGCCAAACUGGGCCAAUUAUGUAAAGGGAGUUGUACAGCACUACAGAGCAAGGCCCAUCCCUGGCUUUAGAGCUGUAAUAGCCAGUAGUGUGCCACUAGGAGGCGGACUCUCCAGCUCAGCCUCACUUGAAGUGGCUGUGUACACCUUCCUGCAGCAGUUGUGUCCAGAUGAUGGGAAUCAGGUAGCAAAGGCAGUGGCCUGUCAGCAGGCUGAACACACUCAUGCUGCUGUGCCCUGCGGCAUCAUGGACCAGUUUGUGUCUGUUCUGGGUAAAGAGGGCCAUGCAUUACUCAUUGACUGCAGAUCUUUGGAAGCCACCGCUGUCCCUUUAGCUGACCCUGGACUUGUAAUCCUGAUCACUAAUUCCAACAUUAGACAUUCGCUCACAGGCAGCGAGUAUCCCACCAGACGAAAACAAUGUGAGAACGCAGCAGUCGUUUUGGACAAGAGAAGUCUAAGAGAGGCUACUUUACAAGAUUUGGAGGCUGCCAAGGAUCAACUGGACAGUGUGACAUACCGACGGGCACGUCAUGUGAUUGAGGAGAUCGAACGCACAGCGCAAGCUGCCGAGGCACUCAAGAGAGGCGAUUACAAAGAGUUUGGGAGGCUGAUGGUGGAGAGCCACAAUUCUCUUAGGGAUAAUUACGAGGUCAGUUGUCCAGAAUUGGACGAGCUGGUGUCGGCAGCACUGGAGGUGGAUGGGGUGUUCGGGAGCCGGAUGACAGGGGGAGGGUUCGGUGGAUGCACAGUUACAUUGCUUCAGGCUGAUGCCACGGAGAGAGCAGUGAAACACAUUCAGGAGAAAUAUCAUGGAUCUCCAACUUUCUUCAUAACUACCCCAUCAGAAGGAGCUCAUGCUUUCAGUCUAUGAUUUUUAACCAGUGCUAACUUAGCAAGUCAUUGGAUUUCGGUGUAAUUGUUUUAUCACUAAUAAGCUCAUACUUAUUUAGAAUCUGUUCUCUCCCAUCAAUGCCACAAAUUUUGCUAAUACUAUUAAUACAUACA